CCAUUCUUUCUGUUCGGUAAUCUGGUUGAAUCACCGUGCGUUCAAUGCCACCGAUCCCUAUCACCCGUUCGCUGGGACUCGAAGCUCGUCGCGAGUGAACGUGUACCCAUUGUGUAGAAGAAACGGAAAUUCCUCUGAGGUUCCUGUGCUUGCCCGUUCGCAGUGUGUGAAGGAACAACAACGAAAAUGGUAUCAUCACCCGCAGAACGCCUACCAGCAGACUCUUCCGACACGGACCCGGAACCGGAGAAAACGGAACCGCCGGCUACGACGGAAUGCGACUCGUUGCACUCCGGCCGCCAGCUCGUCCACACGAUCCUACCGAUCAACGUAGACGUGAUGUUCGAGCUGCUCUUUUCACGGUCCAAAUUUUUGAUGGAGUUCCACGAAGCGCGCAAAACGACCGACAUGGUCCCGGGCGAGUGGAAGGUGAACAAGGAUGGCCUAAAGGAGCGCGUCGUCACACUGACGAUCGCCAUUACGCAAACGAUUGGGCCGAAAAAUGCGCACGUCACCGAAACGCAGGUGAUGCGGAAGUGCUCCCUCCCGGGGCAGCUGUACUCGAUCGAUGUGACCGCGGUGCAGGGAGGCAUUCCGUACGCGGACAGCUUCUACGUCACACAGCACUACUGUAUGUCGCGCACGGUGGACAAUCAUACGGUAUUUUCCGUACACGCACAGGUCCACUACCGCAAAUCGAUCUUUGGCUUCGUGAAGGGCUUCAUCGAGAAGAAUACCUGGGUCGGGCUGGAAGACUUUUACACCUCGCUGCUGCGGAACCUACAGAGCGAGUACUGCAUUCCGCCGGCCAAGAGUAAGGGACGCCGAACGCGCCGGAGCGGGCACACGCAGAGCAAGAUGCAGAUCGAGGAAACCAUCAUACUGGCUGAUACCAAAGCAAAACAACCGAGCCGGGUACCGCAUGCAGCGGUCGGCGGUGUGUCGAAGGCACCCAAACCCGGCUGCCGGUGGCUGGUUGCGAUCAUGCUACUCGUCCUGAUCGUAGUCAACACUACGCUUUACCGAAAGCUGCUACAGAUGGAAGACCUCGAACGAAUGUCCCGGUUGGAUAACAGUGAGGAGCUCGAUUCGCUGCUGCUUGCCAAGAGUGUUCGCACUCGCAACGACUGGUUGACGAUCUUUCAGCAGCAGGAAUCACGCUACAGCGACGAAAUGCUUGAAUGGCAGAAGGUUCUAUUCACCGUCACGGAGAUGCUGAACAAAGCCAGCGUACUUUGCACAAAACUGUGCAAGAUUCCCGAUAAUGUGACCACUGCCGCUGGCAGCGCAGGGUAGAACACCAGGUUCUUCUCCUUAAAAUGGUUUAUUGGUGUAAUAUAAUGUUAUCACCCUGUUCCUUGUUAGUAUUACUUGUCUAUGCAUGCACUACUCUUCUUAGCCGACGUACCGAUCCGCAGUGAUCGGCUGCCUCAAGAAGAGAUGCAGCUAAUUGUGAACUUUUAACCAAUGUAAAAUAUACCUUCAUAUUUACUACGAA